AUGUCUAUGCCUGCAGAACCAACAACGGCUGGCAAACGCCGUAGAGGCCCAUUUUUUGGCAUGUUGAAAUAUAUGUCUACCAAGUUGACCGCUCGACCAUCCGAACGUGAACGGACGUCAAAGGGGCCAUCUUCACACACGCCUCCCGAGGUUCACUCGGACUCAACUGAAACUAUUGAUGCGAUACCUAAGGAAGUGAUGGCAUAUGAGACGUACACACUUCCUGUCAAGCCAGAAGAAACGGCAGCAAACAAGGAACAAAAUGCUAAGCAGAAGAGGGUGUUGAAGAAGGCGAGAAAGAGAAAGGUGGAGGCAAAGAAAGCAGAAGGGGCAAAGCGGUCGGAGAAGGAUGAGAAGGCAAAGGAAGCAGCGGAGGUAGAGGAGUUGGGGAAGGAAGAGUGGAUGACCGCGCCUGAACCCGACCUUCACGCGGAGCACGCGUCGAACGAGAGCCAUAGCAAUGACGGCGGUGUAAAAGAGAAGGCCGAUUCACCAAUACUCGAAGUCGACGCAGAUGAAACAGCUCGAAGGGCUUCGUUACAACCCAUAAUACCCCCUUCCCACCUUACCCUCCCCGCCACCUAUCACAGCCGCAUUGUCGAAUGGCUACAAGAAAUUGAACAGCAUAACGCAACCGCAUCAUCGGCAACACAAGCCAGCACCCUACAAGAAGCAUACGAUGCCGGUUUCCACGACGGUUCAAAGGCUGAACAAAAGAACCGACAAGACCUCCUCGAGACCGCCACAUGUGAAGGCUACGAAAAGGGCCAGAAAGCAGCGGGAUCAAUCAAUAAAGACGACCGAGACGCCAUCGCGCGCCAACAGGGCUACAUCGAAGGAUACGAGCGAGGGCUCCAACAAGGCACUGGAAUGACUACAGAAGAUAUAGAACAUCUUCUGGAUGAAUCAAGAGGAAUAAGCACAAGGGCGGCGCAGGCGGACAGGAAUGCUGAGGUCGUUAGCGUACUUGUGAGGAAACAGGAAGAGCAGUUGAAAUUGGCUAGAGCGGUAUUGAGGUAUUUUUGUGAAACAAGCGAGGAGAAAGAUAACGAGGAAGAGGAAGGGGAGGAAGAGCGGAGGCUUGCUGUUGAGCGAGUGAGGCAGAUGGGUUGGUUGGGUAAAGGGAGUAGUAAUGGUGGAGAUAGCGACAGGGAUGACGAGGAUAACGAUCACGGUGGUACUAAUACCGCCGAUGACCAUUCAAAUGGGGACACGCAGAUGAUUAAGUAA